AAGUAAUCAUUAGAAAAAACUUCAAUAUUUUUAAGAAAAGAAUAAACCUUCACAUUCAACUUUUUCUUACAAUUUAUAAGCUCAUUUGGUUUGUGGCCAUACUAACAGCAGCCAUGAGCAAACCAACCGACGAGCCUCCGCUGAUCAUUGAUCCGGAGCAUGAGUUGUUUUUUGCGGGUCCCUUCAAUCAGCCCAUUGUCACAAUUUUGACCCUACGCAAUAGCUCGGAGGCGCCACUGGCCUUCAAGAUCAAGACAACCGCACCAAGGCGCUACUUUGUACGUCCAAGCGUUGGCCUGAUUCCGCCCCUUCGGUCGAUCCACGUGGGCAUCUGCCUGCAGCCCCUCAACCACGAUCAGCAGCAGAAGACAGACACUUUCCUAGUGCGAAGCGUCCACGCACCGACGAAUGCCGAUCUGAGCGAUUUGAAUGGCUUGUGGAAGGAGCUGGAGCUGGAGCCGCAGCAGCUAUGGGAUGCCAAGCUGAAGUGCGUAUUCGAGAAGUCCCGGUGCAUUUCCGUAGGCGGUGCGGCCACCAUUGUCCGUCCCGUCAACGCCGAGACAAAGGAGGCGCUGCUGGAGACCAACAUUGAACUACGGACAGAGAAUCUGCACUUGAAGAUUCUACUCGAAAACUACCGCAACUCGUUGAUCCUCAAGACACCGUCCGAGGACUAUGUCCCAGUUCCGGCUGAGAAAAAGAGGCCGUUCUUGUAUAUUGUAAUUUUCUUUGUUUCGGCCAUACUGGGUUUCUUUUUGAGCACAUACUUGCCCUGAAUAGGACUGCACCAUCAAAACGCCACAAAAAGAUACAAAAACCAGGAGAUGGGCAGCAGCAGGGCACCUCUAGCCCUCUAGAAGGUAGAAAGCUUUGUCUUAAAACUAUCCAAAAAACACUACAACAACUAGUUUAAUCCAAAAAGUGCCUUUCUUAGAUUUUUCAGGGCAUUUUAUAAUCGAAAAUUUGUGAAGUAACAACAAAAGCAAAACCAAAACCUGGAUAAAUGUAAUUGUUAAAGCAAAAACUAGGAAGAAGCUAGCUACAUUUUUGACAAAAAGUACGAAAAAACGCUGUAAAAAAAUCAUUUAAAUAAUAAAGG